GUGCGCUGGGGAGGAGAAAACUUCUGGAAGGUCAAAACUUGCGGCGCGUCCUCGAGCGCUCUCGUGCCACGGCGUCCGCGAGCGACAACAACGCUACCUGCGGGGUCGGUCGCGCGGCUGGGCUGCGGCUGUCGCACGCGAAGGGAGGAGGAGGAGAGGCACGCGGAGCGCGGGACGGGCGGCGCGAGCGCGGAGCGCGAGAAGGACGCGGAGCGUUCGGGAGAAGCCAGGUGUGCGGGAAGGUGGAGAAGGUGCAGAAGGAAGUGUAGCGGGAGGUGUAGAAUGCUGAGGAGCGCGUGCCGGCGCUGAAAGGAAGUGACACGAGUGGAGAGGCGCUCGGAGCCCCGCAGCAGGUUACCGAAAGAGGUCGGCAGCCAGCGAUUCAAAGUCCGACACGUGUUGCACAACGCGCAACUGAUUGCUCUCGGAGAACUUUGCUCUGCUGUCAUUAAGACAUGGUGGACACUCAGAUGCCCGCUUGGCCCAUGACCUUCGGCCUGAACCCCGUGGACCUGGCCGACCUGGACGACAGCUCGCACUCCUUCGACAUGAAGCCCUUCACCACCCUCGACUACGCCAGCCUCAACGACCUCGGCUACGAGACGAGCCCGCACCAGAGCGAGGACAACGCGCGUGUCGACUGCAUGUACAACUAUAAAGCUCAGGAGAACCAAAGCGCUGUUAAACUGGAGCCCGUGUCCCCGCCGCAGUUCUCUGAUGGCAUCGCCUACUCCAAGCUGCACGAGGACCCGUCUUCCGCCACGCUCAACAUCGAGUGCCGCGUGUGUGGGGACAAGGCCUCCGGCUUCCAUUACGGGGUCCAUGCCUGUGAGGGCUGCAAGGGCUUCUUCCGAAGGACUAUUCGGCUGAAGCUGGUGUACGACCGGUGCGAUCUGCGCUGCCGCAUCCACAAGAAGAGCCGCAACAAGUGCCAAUACUGCAGGUUCCAGAAGUGCCUCAUGGUGGGGAUGUCCCAUAAUGCCAUUCGCUUUGGCCGGAUGCCACAGGCUGAGAAGGAGAAGCUCUUGGCGGAGUUCUCCAACGACAUGGACCACUUGCACCCCGAGUCGGCCGACCUGCGGGCCCUGGCCAAGCAUCUGUACGAGUCCUAUCUCAAGUAUUUCCCCCUGACCAAAGCCAAGGCCAGAGCAAUCCUCUCUGGGAAGACCAGCGGCAGCGCACCCUUUGUCAUCCACGAUAUGAAGUCCUUGACGGAGGGGGAGCAGUUUAUAAACUGCAGACAGAUGCCCGUCAUGGAGCAGAGAUCCGAGUUCGGCCACGUCCAGGAGUCGGCGAGUGAGGUGGAGCUGCGCUUCUUCCACAGGUGGCAGUACCGCUCGGCGGAGGCCGUCCGUGAGGUGACUGAAUUCGCCAAGAGCAUCCCGGGCUUCGUGAGCCUCGACCUCAACGACCAGGUGACUCUGCUCAAGUACGGCGUCAUCGAGGUGCUCAUCAUCAUGACGGCGUCGCUCAUGAACAAGGACGGCAUGCUCAUCUCAUACGGUCAGAUCUUCAUGACCCGGGAGUUCCUCAAGAGCCUCCGCAAACCCUUCUGUGAGAUGAUGGAGCCCAAGUUCGAGUUCGCCAUCAAGUUCAACAUGCUGGAGCUGGAUGACAGCGACAUGGCCCUCUUCCUGGCCGUCAUCAUCCUCAGCGGAGACCGGCCGGGCCUGCUGAACGUGAAGCCCAUCGAGGACCUCCAGGAGACAGUGCUGCAGACCCUGGAACUGCAGCUGAAGAUGAACCACCCCGACUCCCUGCAGCUCUUCGCCAAGGUGCUGCAGAAGAUGACGGACCUGCGGCAGCUGGUCAACGACCACGUGCACCUCAUCCAGCUGCUGAAGAAGACUGAGGUGGACAUGUGUCUGCAUCCCCUCCUGCAGGAGAUCAUGAAGGACCUGUACUAGGUCGAGUCCUGCGCCACGGCAGCUUUGGGUCUCGCAGGGAGCGGAGGCCUCAGCCCUGACUGGUGCCUGCAGUAGGUUGCCUGUUUCCGUUGUCUAGCAGAUGGCGACUUGAAUUAGUCACUUGUUUCGACACCAGCGACGCCGAGCUCUCCGCCGCCUGUCUGGUUUCAGCCCUCGAGUUGCAUCGCUUCUGUGUUUCGCUGGAGAGGGACACCGAGGCGCUCGCCCCGCUUCCAGGAAAAGGGCGACGUGCUUCUGCUUGAGCUUCGCUGCAAAGACAUCAAUGGAAGGGCUCUUUAACCGAAACUAUAUUUAACAGGAGGAAGUUUGUCUUAAUUCAGCACUACGGUAAAGAACUUAACUGUGAAUGUUGAGCGUCAUGUGAAAUUUCCAUACUUAAUUUUCUUGCAUUGAUGAUACACAUGAUUAUUCUUUUAUUACGCUGUCUUCUGAAGAGACUUGUUGAAAAUUUCUGAAGAGGGAUUCCACGGGGGUAGCAGAGCCUUAUGGGAAAACAAAACAAAAAAAAUGAUUUUAUAGAGGGUAGUGAUCCAGAUGGACCUUUCAUAGAGCUCUUUGGAAUAAAGAAAAAAAAUGUGAAUAUUUUGCUGUUUUUGAACGCUUCAAACGCUCUUUUGCUACAUGAACAAUUAGCGCAGGAAAGAGGUUUUCUGUUAGUGUUUUCUCUUUUCCUACGCUCUCUUUGAAUAGUGUAAUAAAAACUUCACAUUUUCUGUCGAAAACCUCCACAUUCCUUGGUUUUCUGUGAAAGAAGUUUCUUUUCUCUCAAUCCAGAUGUUCUCGAAACACUCGUGUGUUUUUUAAAACUAUAAAACAUCUAUAUCGAUUUUUAAGUUAUGAACUUUUUUCUUACUUCAUCAGAUUUGUGGAGGGUCACGUGUACAGAGAAUGGACCUGCUUUCAUUUUCAGUGACAUAUUUUUACAUUUUACGAAGUGUUUAUGUACAACAAAGCCAAGCACAGAAUUAUGCCAAAGUGGUUCCUGAACCGUUAAGUUGCUUGAUUUUU